UAGCACCCCGAGCGAAGCGUGCACUGGGAAAGCGGGAGAGCGAAAGGCAACAGCUACGGCAGCAACAGAGCCAGUACACUCCCCUUCUCUCUUCCCUCGUGAUCUGGGCUCCGCGGAGGAGGGAGGCAGAGGGCACCGUGCCCCCCUGCUGAGGAGCACCGUCUCUGGGGACCCAACCCCGCACCAGCCCCUCCUGUGCCUGGAUCAGCUCCGGCUUUUUUCUGUUGUUGUGGAUAACGAGGAACGAGGCGUGAGAGGAGGUGUGUGUGCGUGUGUGCGUGCGUGAGUGCGUGCGUGUGCGUCCGUGUGCGUCCGUGUGUGUGUGUGUUUACACGCAAGCCACUGAGUGGCGAGGAGAGCGCGACAGAGAUAGAAGAGAGUCAGAAUCCGAGGAGGAGCGAGCGGAACGAGUGGAGAGAAAGGCAAACGGGGAUGAGUGGCAGGUUUGGCACGGCUGCCGAUGCCAGGGUCUGAGCGUGAGGGAGGCAGGAACAGAGAGGAGGAGAGAGAGGGAGGGCGGCGCUAGAGAGACACACAGAGCGAGGGGGAGAAGGAGAGAGAGCCGAGGAGUUGAAGGCUGGCACGCUUGGAUUCGGCACUGGCAACUUAUGUGCAGACGGCGCGGGGAAGACAGAGACAACACAGACACACACACUUUCCCACCGAGAGCCGUGCCAAUGAGGAGGAACCGCAGACCACACUCCAGUCCCGGGUGUAUGGUGCACUGACCCUGCCUGGGAUAGGCAAGGAGUCAGAGGACCCGGGCCAUGAUUGGUUCCCCUGGUCCUGGCGGCCGUGGCGUUGAGCCCCGGGCGGGGCGGUGGCAGUGGGUCGUGACCUCCCUCCUGGUGACCGCCUCCCUGCUGAUGCCGGAGGGCGGCCUGGCGUGCCCGCCGCGAUGCGAGUGCUCGGCCCAGCUGCGGUCGGUGUCCUGCCAGCGGCGCCGCCUCACCGCCGUCCCCGAGGGCAUCCCCACGGAGACCCGCCUCCUGGACCUCAGCAGGAACCGGCUGCGCGGCGUGCAGGCGGCGGACCUGGCGCCGUACCCCCGCCUGGAGGAGGUGGACCUCAGCGAGAACCUCAUCGUCACCCUGGAGCCCAACGCCUUCGCCAACCUGCAGAACCUGAAGGUGCUGAAGCUCCGGGGCAACCAGCUGAAGCUGGUGCCCAUGGGCGCCUUCGCCAGGCUGGGGAACCUGACCAGCCUGGACCUGAGCGAGAACAAGAUGGUGAUCCUGCUGGACUACACCUUCCAGGACCUGAGGAACCUUAAACACCUGGAGGUGGGCGAUAACGACCUGGUCUACAUCUCCCACAAGGCGUUCUCCGGCCUGCUGGGCCUGGAGGACCUGACGAUAGAGCGCUGUAACCUGACGUCCAUCUCGGGCCCCACGGUGUCCUACCUCCGCAGCCUGGUCACCCUGCGGCUGCGCCACCUCAGCGUCGCCGCCCUGGAGGACCAGAACUUCCGCAAGCUUUCCAACCUGCGCGGCGUGGAGAUCGACAACUGGCCCUACCUGGAGCACGUCUCCCCGCAGAGCUUCCAGGGUCUGGACCUGCGGUGGCUGUUCAUCACCAACACCAACAUCACGUCGGUGCCCUCCGCCUCCUUCAAGAACCUGGUGCACCUCACCCACCUCAACCUGUCCUACAACCCCAUCAGCUCCCUGGAGCCCUGGGCCUUCAAGGACCUGCUGCGGCUGAAGGAGCUGAUCAUGGUGAACACGGGCCUCAUGACCGUGGAGCCCCACGCCCUGGGCGGCCUGCGGCAGAUCCGCGUGCUCAACUUCUCCGCCAACGACCUGCAGACGCUGGAGGAGGGCGCCUUCCACUCGGUCAACAGCCUGGAGACGCUGCGGGUGGACGGGAACCCGCUGCUGUGCGACUGCCGCCUGCUCUGGAUCCUGCAGCGGCGGCGCACACUCAACUUUGACGGCAGGGUGCCGGUGUGCGCGGGCCCCGCGGAGGUGCAGGGCCACAGCCUGAGCACCUUCACCGACUCGGCGCUCUUUGAUCACUUCACCUGCCAGAAGCCCAAGAUCCGCAACCGCAAGAUGCAGCAGGUGGUGACUCGCGAGGGCCAGCCCGUCAGCUUCCUGUGCCGCGCCGAGGGGGAGCCCGUGCCCGCCAUCAUCUGGAUCUCCCCGCAGCGGCGCCGCAUCACGGCCAAGAACUCGGGCCGCAUCACGGUGCUCCCCAGCGGCACGCUGGAGAUCCGCUACGCCCAGCUCACCGACAGCGGGACCUACAUCUGCAUUGCCAGCAACGCCGGCGGCAACGACACCUACUUUGCCACGCUGACGGUGCGCGGCCAGCCCCUGGACACCGCCUCCGCCUUCUUCCUCAACCGCUCGCUGUACGCCGGCGACUUCCUCAACGACACCGACCGGAACGGCACGCGCGUGUUCCUCAAGUUCACCCUGGACCUGACCACCAUCCUGGUGUCCACGGCGAUGGGCUGCAUCACCUUCCUGGGAGUGGUGCUCUUCUGUUUCCUGUUGCUGUUCGUGUGGAGCCGGGGACGCGGCCAACGCAAGAACAACUUCACAGUGGAGUACUCUUUCCGGAAGUCAGAGCCAGCGGUCGGCGGCACCACCAGCGGCGCCCGGAAGUUCAACAUGAAGAUGAUAUGAAACAACGCGGCCAGGGGUCCCUCGGGGGAGGCGUGAGCACGUCCCACACAAAACGUGUUUGACAAACAACAAGCGCACACAGCUGCUGACUCGCAAAUGUCUGUCUUUUGUCUGAGCACGCUCAGUAGGUGGCCCCUACUUGAAUUUGUCAAACCAUGAGUCGCGGUUGGUUUGAGUUGUGGAGGACUCGUUUAAAUCACGCUGACUGCACUGCCUCUCACACGCUUAUUCAGCUUGUGGUUCAUCAACAAAGGGUGAUGAUGAGGAUCUGCUAUAUAGAUUUGUUUCAAACGUUUUAGUCGGAUAAGUAUACUACAAUUUUAGAGUCAUAAGAUAAGUUUAAUUUGGCAUGCUAACUGGGCUUUGGAUAGUGGUGUCAUGUCAUGUCUUACACUCCAAUGACAAAACAAACAAAGGCUUUUGUUUCUUUUCUGGGUUUUUCUAAAUUAGCAUGGGGAUUCCAAUUAAAAUUUUAAGAGACAUGGCUACCACCCAGUAAAACAGUUUCACAGCUUUGCUUUUGUAAACUCCUGCCUUGCUCGAGAUCUUUGGCAACAUUUUGAGACACUUCAAUUAUAGAGUCCCGUGGGCUUAAACACGAAUAAAAGACUCCCUUUUGUAAGACGGUUUGAACAUGUCUCCUAUAGUAUUUCUAUAGCUGAUCUACUGAGCGGGACCGGUCCGCUCAGACCCCUGCUGAAUGGUGAGGAAGGUGGCGUAGGAUCAACGAUGUCCACCGUGGUCGAUUGGGUUGAGAUGCGGCACAAUGCUAGCGGCAAACGUUCCCCUUCCGGCGACCGAUGGCCCGCCGUCGGAGGCGCGUGUUUGCGACGAGGUGAGCUGUGUGCGUUUGGGACGAGCGCGCCGACCGGCCACGACAAACGAUCCACCGGGGCCCGCGGCAGCCCGUGUCUCCGAGGGGUUUGGUUAGGAAGUCAAGCCCGACGGACACACGGGCUGCCUGGUCGCCGUGGCAACCGACAUAAGGGAGAGCAAAAGGGGGUUGGGGCGGGGUGGUAGGAUCAGUGGUGUGGUAGGGGGGGGGUGGUGGUGGUGGGAGGGGGGGGGAGGUGGUUGGAGGAGAGCGGAGGGGUGGGGGAGAGGGAGUGGCGUUAGCGGUCAGAGGAGAAACGGGGGCGGCGGGGGGGGGGGGGGGGUGGAGCGAGGUAGCAGCGUGACCUCCCUAAGCCUGAUCCUCCGCACCGUUAACGCCAACACAUCCCCCACCACCACCACCACCACCGCUUCCACCACCUCAUCCCCUCAUAACCUUUCAUCCACCUGCCUUUGCUGGCAGUAAAGCGAGGUUUACUCACCCAGUGGCGGGCCUGAUCCCCCAGCCACCCCCCCCCCCCUCAGCCUCCAUCCUCUCCGUGGUGUUGGGGAUGAACUGACCUUCACAGAGCUGCCAGUGGGGGACAGCCUGGGGAGUGUGGAGCGGCCUCAGAGGCACAGAGGAGAGGUGCAGAAUACACUAAGGGGAGACUCACGUAUAAAUACACCUAUUAACACACACACACACACACACACACACACACACACACACACGCAACUGCAUACUCACCUGUCCUUAACGAGCUGAUUAGGUGUCUGAGUACGGGGAAUUUGUGUGCGUACGCAGUCCUCUGCCUCAUCUCAGGACAACAUUAGACCACUACAAUCACCUGUACGUAUACUCACGUACUCAUAGGUAUAAAGUAUAUCAUAAUAUAUAUAUAAAUGAACCGACACUUUGUACAUCAUGACAUUCCAAUGUUAUUGUACGUUGUGGAUGAACGCAUCAUUCUAUGAACAAAAACGAUAAUGUGCAUUUAGUGUGACCAAACAAAGCCAUAGUAUUAGCACUUUGAUGUUUAUUUUUAUAGAGGUAGUAGCGUGCUUCAGUAACGAUCGAUUAUUGCAGCGUGUGUUCUAUCGCCGCCAUAUUGCGAGCCCAAUCUCAGCGUUCAUAAAAGCCUCCGCCAUAGUCAUGUCCUGCACUAAUUAAAACCGACUGACACAGACACACGCAGAGACAUGUGUGCGUAUGAAACGACCGUAUCUCGGCUCUUUUCUUUGAAUGGAAAACGAGCGGCGUCGUCAGCGUCGCACACGGACAGACACAUGCAUACAUUACACACCCCGGUGCCCCGCGGCACGCGUUAAAAAACACUGCUCCUCCCUCUCUGUACCUCUGACGACGCCGGCCGGUCGGUGUGCGAAUGUCUCUGCCCCCCUAGCCCAGUGCACAGCCCCCCCCCCCACCACCCCCACCCCCAACUCACUCACACCAUCCCUCCCCCCACCCCACCCCACCCUCACUGGGUCCUCCUUCGGGAGGGGUCCCUGGCUGGAGACCGCGGAUUUAAAAUGUAAAUGAAGUAGUGUCAACCCUACCCUUGCCAUGGUGCAGUAGUAGAGUUAGGUGAUGUGAUCGGCCCCGCCCCGUUCCAGCGUUACGUUGCUGAUUGGUUGUCUCCUCCCUUCUUAUGAUUAGACAUUCGUUGACUGUUCUCUGUAACCUUUAUAAGCUGUUUGAAAAAAAAAACUCCCCUUAAUAUCCGUUUGGCAUUGGUUCGGUUCUCAACACCCAACGAGUCUGUGUGUGUGUGUGUGUGUGUGUGUGUGUGUGUGUGUGUGUGUGUGUGUGUGUGUGUGUGUGUGUGUGUGUGUGUGUGUGUGUGUGUGUGUGUGUGUGUGUGUGUGUGUGUGCGUGCGAGAGCAGAGCUUCGUCACAUAUGUUAAAGAGCUAAACAGUGAGUGUCUUGCCGUCUGUUCGUCUAGUUUUUCUGUAUGAGUGUUGUAGGCCUACUUAUGGUUGUGUGUGUGCGCGUUCGUGUGUGUGCCAGAUGAUUGUUGUUUUGCAUUUGUUAGAGGGCUUAACUGAAUAAAGCAGUAGAUAAAUUAAAACGUUAGCCACAAUAUAAAUAACUAUUGCGCCAACAAUAUGUGUAUCAUAAGGAAAAUUGUAUGGAAUAAGGGUAAUAAAGCACAAACAAUAUAUGUGAAGGAGUAAAGAUGAGUAAUCGGCUAAUAAUAAUUGAGUUGUGUCCAAAUUGUGCAAUUAUAUACAGUUAAAGAACUGCAUAUAAAAAAUAGCCAACCAUUUUGGCUCUGUUUGUAUGUGGUGUUGAGAACAAUAUGGAGCCCUAAUGGACCUUCCCCCUUUCCCCUGAAAAUAUCCCUUCGCUGUUUCAUUCCGUGCUUCUCAAUGGACAAAAAAAGUAGGGUGUUAGAAGACAGUGAAGAAUGUCUUUUGUGAUUAUCAACGGUGUUGUCGUGUAAACCAUCAACCACAGAAGCAUACAGGAUGUUUUUGAAAAUGUAAUGUUUUUUUUGCAAUCCUCUUAUCUUUUCUACGACCUCUGUGUACUCCUUGGCUUCCUCUUCUGUUGCCUCUCCCCCCUAUGUGCCCUUGUAGUUUCCCAGUGUCGGAGUGGGAUGUGGUGGUGUGGUGGUAGACACGUGUUCUUUGUGGUCGGUCGUUGUGUACUGUCUUGUCUUUCCUUGUGUUUUGGUGCGGCCGCACGUGGAGCAGGCUCAACAACAUGUCAGGAAAAAGAAAAAGAGGAAGGGGUGACCCAGGUUCCCUUAAAAUAAUACCAUCGGUUCAUCGCCAUCAAAAGCCCCGUUCCCGAGGAGUGGAUACAAUCUGCAGGCAAAGUACGCUCUGCGACCCUCUCUGGAUAGGGAAACUGUAUCUACUCCUCCCCCCCCCACACACACACACACACAUAUACACACACACACUUGUUUAAUUUCUGAAUCCAUAAAUGUAAAUAAAACAUUAUAUUAUCUGGAGGAGUGUAGUGCUGCAAUACUGUGACUUCUUUUUUAAACACCCAAACUUACUUCCUUCCGGCUUGACCAAGAAAACCAGUCAGUCAGUCCAAAUCUGCCUUGUUAGGCUGGUCAGGGUUUGAGAUAAGCAUGCCCAUUUAUUCAAACCCACAAGUCCUUGAAAGAUGGAGGAACUCAGUUCAUUGGAAGGGAAAGAUAAAUAAAAAGGACAAAAAAACAAGCGGUUCUUUGAAGUGAAUUCAGCCGGGCCCUAUUAGGCCCCCUCUACUUCCCUCCUCCCCGUGGGAGCUUAUCAAAUAUUAAAGUAUUUUGAUAAACAUUGUAAUGCUGAAAUUAGACCGUCACCUAACAACCUGUGAACGGUCCUUUUUAAGGGCCAAUAAAAUGAAUAAAAAAACCAUUUAACCUAUCAAAUCGACAUAAAGGAGACUCUUUAGGCUGUAUAUUUCUCCUGCUACAUCAAGGGACCUGAGUCUCAUUCAACCUGCCUGGAGAAGCUCCUGGCUGGGGGGCCCUUCUUGUUUGUCUUUGCCUGACGUUGAUCCAGCGCGCUCUAGACGCCCUAUUUACAACAGCCGUAAAAACAUACUUAUUUGGGGACCUUCUGCUGUGCUUUCAAAGUCUCCGUAGAAAAGAAAGAGACUGAAACAUCAAAACGGGCAGACGCUGAUGAUCGUGGCAUCAUUACCAGCCAAAUGUGAAUAAUUCAUUGCUCGACAUGUAGCGUUUUUGUUUUUUUUACAUCAUUUCAUAGUUAACGAAAGUAGUUACUUGUCUUUUCGAUUGGUAAUGAGGCUUUUAAUGUCCUACCUGCUGUUUACAAGUCUUGAUGACUGGCGCUUUGUGUGUUGCGGUCCAAGAAAGUAGGAUAUUUUUAACCUCAAAUCUGUCAUUCAACAUAAGCCUCAGCUGGAGUCAGUGCUCUCUUAUUCCCAGUAGAUGAAUCCAUCUCUGACUUCUUGUUAUCGUACAGCUGCCAUGUUGAUUGGAUUUAAUCUGAAUGAUCAGAGCUGAAGGGAGCCAUAAUGCAAAACCUGCAUUUGGAGGGAGGCUAAUUCGGUUAUCAAUUGACUUAUUGCAGCAAUUUAUAUCGUAGACCUUGAAAUAUGGGAGAAUCCGAGUGGUAUGCUGUCUUCAUUUGGUGAUCUAGCUUCCUCACAAGCCAAUCAAAUGCCUAAAUAUUGGCUUUCAACAUUCAAUCAUAUUGCAUUGUUGAUAUUGUUGUUCCAUAAAACAUAGGAUAAACAAUUGUCUGGACUUGACGGUGUGACACAAUCAUAGUGUAAAUCAUUAGCUGACGUAUGCUUGCAAUAACAAAUCAUAUUAUGCAGGAAUGACGACAUUGAAAAAUAAAUGGUCAAAUCACAGAAUAUAUCCAGAAAUGCAGGGGGCAGUCACAUCAUGCUUCAUCCAAACCUUGACCAGAGACCAGCAAAUGUAUGGCAACACUGACCCCCCGUGGAGCGGUUCUGUCACCACAGGGACCGAUAGCGGUCCUACCGCGAAGCCAUGACGCUCCUUCAGUGAUUGGCACACACACACACCGCUUUAUAUCCGGAUUGAUUUCAGAGGUUAUCACCUUACUUCCACAGAGAAAAUAUUGACUGUUAGCACUAUUAUUCAGUGGUUCACUGAUUUCUCCAAUAGCCAUAGCAGGACCUGUUUUGGGAUUGAGGUUUUGUUUUUUUGACCCUAGUGACAGUGAGACAGGUGUACUUAUCAGGAAAGGCAUGCGUUCAGUUUAAGGUAAAGCAACUGUGCAGACUGAGACUCAGUCUCGCUGUAGAUAUGUAUCUCUCUUUAAAUGUGUCUGAUGCCUUAUCGGCUUUAUCAACGUUGAACGAUAUGAUCAUAUAGUAAUAAAACGAAUAAUAAUGUCACUCUUUUUUCAUGUUCAUGAACAAAAUAAUGUUUAUAAAAAAAUGUCAUGGCUGAGAGCGGCAAACGAUCAUACCCACCUGACGGCCACACUGCCUCUCUUGUUCGUGAUGCUAGCAGGUGUGAUCUAUGCACGUGUUCCGUGGACAGUCGUUUGUGUCGCCAGACUUCCGGCUACAGCUGUGUUUGGGAGCAAUGAUUGGUUAUCGUGGCCCCCAGAUAAUGACUUUACAUCAACCAAUCAAGUCAGUGGAAAAUAAGCGUGCUGUGCGUUAUUAAAGAUAGUAUUAUAGAUAGCUGUUAAAGAGGUCGUUCUGAAACGAACCUAGGAUAGGAAUUAUGUGUAUUCAUACAAGGACGACCGUAGAACAUAUAUGUCCGUAAGCAUACACGGAGAGAAUCUGUUCUUUGAAUGUGUAAAUUGUAAGGUGUAUGAAUUGAUAUUCUGAGCUGGGCCGUGGGACUGAUCAAUGCGGUAUGGAGAAUGGGAUUAUUAAUGGUAUACAGCCAUUGAUCUGUCUUGAACCGUGUCACUCACUGAUUUCCGAUAGGGUGGGAGUGGGGGUCACAGAAUCCUCGACCUGGUUGGCACUGGUUCCAUAGGUUUCCAGAUUAUCGGUAAUAUCUUAAGGAGAUUACUUUUGUUGUUGUAUUUAUUUCUUGCAAGAUAGUGCCGGAUGAGUUGAUUGGCCCCAGGUCAGAGAUGUACGUGACACGUCCCCCUCCUGUCCUGAGUCACAGGUAGGUCUGUGCUCGAUGGAGCCCUGGAAUGUAAAACAUUGGCAAACAAUUGAAGAAUAUGAUACACCAUUGCCAGUCCAAUUUCUAUUUCAUAUCACUGUCACACUCUAUUCAUAGUCAUUGGUCUAUCUAUCAUUAUAGGCCGAUCUGUCUAUCAAGCUAUCAGCCUAUUUCCUGUCAAUCAAUUUAUAUUUAUCGGAUAUCAGUCAGCCUGCUUGUCAAUAGAUCAAUCUUCAUUUUACUUCUCUCUUUGCGUUCUCAUUUUGGCACCAAUGUCGCCCUAACAAUGCGAUAUGUAGGCCUACUGUAUAUGCAUCUAUAUUUUUUUAGCGUUCUGUUCUAGUUGUGUUGCACACUAGUGGCAGAAUCCUCUCCAUCUCUGACCACUAAUCCAGAAACCUAGGAAUGAGGGUGGCUCCAUUGAAUGCAGACACAGGCUCAAAUACUGGGGUUAGUUGUUUUGAAAUCACACAUCACUUGAUUAUAGCUCCGCGUUUGGACUGGCUCUUACAACAGCAACAAUAAAAAACAAACUGUUUGCAGCAAAUUAAACUAUGACCCAUAAUGAUUCCAGAUCCCCCUGUUGCUGAUCCUUGGUUUUGGAGGGCGGACAUGAUGUACAUAUUAAGAGUUGUGUGAUGUCGUCUGUAUGGACACAGCCAUGUCUGACAGAAGAUUAAAUCAAACAAUGGUUUUGAAUUGUAAAUAGAGUAGGAAUAUUAAUAUAAAGUAGAAUUUCUGCUUCACCAUUCCAGGGAUCACCCGCGUCUUAGCUUAGUCCCAUGGCCGCUUGGUGUCACAUGAAGAUAUUGUUAAUAAUGUAUUUGUCAAUAAAACAUGGAUUGUUUUUUUUUCUAUGUGUGUUUUAUAUACUGUCUGUCUUGUAAGAAAACAAUACAAGAACUCCUUUUCAUCAUAAAAGCAUGUUCCUUCUCCGUCA